CCUCCGUCCGUACAGCGCCGCAGUAUCGCGCUCCUCGGCUAGUAGAACUUACGCUCCAUUCACUGCUCACUGGAAAGGUGCCGCAGUGACUAUACGGGUCCCAUUAUUUUGUAUUAAUGGGCAAACUGUGAUAUAUUUUUUCUUCUUAAGACGUAAACUUACCAAGAUAACAAAAUGUCAGAAAUUGGUGUAAGCAACCCCAGUGGUAGCGGGGUUGCCGAUGCCGGCGCCAAGGCCGACAGUAUGGUCAGACAAAGAACAGUACCUGAAAGUUGUGACCAGAAUUGCUCACAAAUACACAAUGGAGUUAUUGUAUCUGGCGAAAAUUCAACGCUGGAGAAUGCCUCGAGCCAGUGUUCCUUACACGUGUGGUCGAAGAAAGCUCUCCUCAACAGAAAAGACAUCCCCAAACACCUGCAGUUCAACCCAUACAUUGAGACUGGAUACCGGCCGCUGCUGUCUGUGUGGGGCUGCGUCAUGAGCCUCUUCUACUUCCACAAUGAGACCAUCAACAUCAUCACUCAUGGUGUGCCGAUGCUCUACAUCCUGGUGUGGUGGAGGACGCUACUGCCGUGGACGGACAUCACGGUGCCGCUGCUGCCGUGGACGCACCUGGUGUCCACGGUGAGUCCCUGGGUCGGCUCCACCAUCUACCACCUCUUCAUGAACCACCGCGCCGGGGAGUCCUGUUACAAGUCGCUCCUACACCUAGAUAUGUUCGGCAUAUGGAUCACUCAGAGCUUUGGAGCGCUGACGACGGUAUACGCCUCUGUGUCGUGUCUCACCAGUGCUUGGGUGUGGAGGGUCCUGGCUGUCUACUGCUUCGUCUCCCUGGGUAUCUCUGCAAAAUACGAAAGUGACCCGAUUGACAGUGACCCGAUGGAAAGUGACCCGAUUGACAGUGACCCGAUGGAAAGUGACCCGAUUGACAGUGACCCGAUUGACAGUGGGAUGGCACUCUCGGCGCGCUGUGCCAUGGCUAGGCGACUGUGCUUCUCCUUGGCGGUGGUCAUGCAACUAUUUGUCCUCUACCUCAGGUCGACGCCUCUAGGGGGCGGAGACCCUCAAGCUGUCAUUCACUAUGUCAUGCAGGCUUCCCAUGCACGCAACCCCUGGGAACGGCGAUUCUGCUUCACGCUGCCCUUCCUCAUGCGUGCUGCCUCUGCCACCCUGAGGGUCACCCCCUGGGGCGGUGGCCACCCAGAAGCCUUCAGGCACAUCAUCCUUCAGGAUAUGUUGGCAGUGUUGGGUGGGUUUGUAGGAGCUCUACGUGUACCAGAGAAAUGGGUGCCAGGACGCCUGGACCUGCUGGCCAACUCCCACCACAUCAUGCAUGUGGUGGUGGUUUAUGCUGUGUACCAUCUCCACCAGGGAGCCGUGCUCGAUUUGGUUUGGUUGUCGGGGAACACUACUUGUCAACUGACUGACGCCCAAAGUAUUCUGUAGAGAUUGUGUGAUCUUGUAUCAAAAUGUCAGUCAACCUGCACUCAUCUGCCAUAAAGCCCUCAUGCCAACACCUUCUUGGAUUUGUUACACGUGGUUAUCAUGACAGUACAGCAAGCUCCAAAAUUUUAGACAAGGUGAUGUCCUCAAUGAAACAGUGAGUAUUCCUAACACUAGAUUCUGGUAUUUGUACAGUAUAGUUUCCUCUUUGUUAUACAAUAAUAAUCAAUACCUGAAACAUAUACUGUAUAACAAAUAAAUUUGUUGUGUGCAUAUAAAAAUUUAUGUCAAUUGGGAUUUUUAGGUAAUACCUGUACAGUGAAAGCUUUGGUACGUGGCCAUUUGCUUUGAAAAAUACAUCUACUGUUAGUUGGCAGUCUACCAAAUUUGACUUCUUAUAUACCACUGUUUUGUUAAGAAUAUCAGGAAAACUUGCACCUUUUUAGAAGUGAAGUUUUUUAUUAAACACUUGUACUGUUGGUGGCUUACUGUAUCGUUACUUUUCAUAUAAAAAAAAGGGGUUUCAUAUUCUUGUCAUAACUAUGUUAGUCCAAGGCUGUUUAGUAUUAAGAACCCACAAACCUAUAGUCACUAGUCCUUAAAGAAUCAUUCCUUAGAUCAACAAAAAAUGUACAUAGCAUAGCAAUUUAUCCAGGUGGCUUAAUGAGAUUAUAUCAAGAUUCUGUUUAUGUACUGUACUGUUUAAAGGUAACAUGGCUGCCCAAACAAUCAGCUUUCUGGAUGUAUUGCUGCUGCAGUAUAGGUACCUCACUAAAGUAACUCUAGGGAGUAUUCCUGGAUCUAUCAUGCUUUCAAUACUAAGUCAAGAAUUCACGGUAGCAGUGGUCACAUGUACUUUGUGAUGCAUGCUUUAAGCUGAACAAAAUGCACUCUGAAUAUUUUACUUAUUAUUUAAGGCACACAAUUAAAUAUUAGUAGUAUAACUGUAUACAUUAUCAGGCACAAAACAGCACUCGUUUUGUUAUAUUAUCUUGUGCUUCAACUAUUCUUUGGAGACAGCUUUUUUGAAAUGUGAAUCUUCCUGGAUGUGCAAAACUGCUGUAAUUUCUAGGAAUAUUAACAAACUUUGGAAUUUGUUAUGAGUCUAAUACCAAGUUAAAAAAAUCAUUAUUAGAACCUGCAACUUGAAUGUCUAGAGGGUAUGCAGUUAAUGUCAUCAAAUAAGUUUAAGGCCAUGUUGGUGAUGUGUGUGUGUGUGUGUGUGUGAUGAUGAUACACAACACUGGCAAGUGGAUUUCAGGCUGUAGAACUCGCACGAAUUUGCUGAACUUUAAGUAACAAGAGUUCAUUUAUGUCAUUAGUGUUUAAUGGAUUACAGGUACUUGAUAUUUAAUAAGUUUAAAUUAAUUAAGAAUUGUCUUCUCUACUGUCAGCCUGUUAGAUAUUUGCUGUCGCUAUCAGUGGCAACAUUAUCACCGGCUGGUCUGUUGUUGACACGUACCACUUAUGCCAAAGAUGAUACUGUAAAUAUAUCCUGGUAAAUAUUAUAAUGUGAAGAGAUGUCACAACAAAUUAAGAGGAGACAAGGAACAAAAUACCCCUGUAUUACAAGGCAUCAUUAUAUACUACCAACAAUAAUGAAAAAAGGAGGAGGAGGAGAAUGUAAAGACCAGAGUGUGAUGUUAGGUCAACCAAGCUGAAAAAAUGCCUCGCUGGGAAACAGUGUGGACUUUAGUCACUUUCUUAACAGUGAGCAUUAAACUCUUCAGUUCACAAACUCAUAGAUAAAAUGUUCAAAAGAUAAGGGAUCUUUCAAAUUUGUUUAAAUUUUUGGUUGAUUGUAGUUACUUUUUGCCUUAAGCUGUGAAAAAUUCAAUGCACUGUAAAGGAACUGUAUGCUCUGCCAGUCAACUUUACAUAGAAAUCCACAAGUCACAUAUCACCAACUUGGUGCUCAAUCUCUAUUAACAUGGAAAUCUGAUAAUGCUGCAACUCCUUUGAUGUAUAAGAAAUAACAAUGUUAUAUUAUUGUAGUACAGGGUACUUCAGAGAAUUAAACUGGGAAUGAACUUUAAUCAUUGAGCGUGCAACAAGACAACAUUCCUAAUGUAGUUAGACCAUUUAUUUUUUUUAUUUUUCAUCCUUUGGUAUACAGGUAUAAGUAAACUUUUUAUCUUUGAAGUUAACUCUCCAAGCUCACCUCCCGUGUUGCAUGUUCAUAAACUUUUUUCUCAGAUAAAUGAUAAAAUAGCCUGUUCAUGACUGCUAUGAUCAGGCCUUUUGUUUAUUUAUUUAUUAUUUUGUGUUACAAAUGACAAUGGAAAUAUACUCUUGAAAUUUCAACAAAGUCUUUACAGUUACUGUACUUUGUUCACUCAAUUAUCCUGAGGGAUUUAAACUGCUGUAUGAUGUUUUUAGCUUUGAGCAUUCCAGUGUAAUAUUUAUACUUGUAAUGACCCAUAUCCUGAAACAGGACAUCAAAUUAUUAUUUAUUUUCAGUAAAUUCUAAUUAUUCAUCAAUUGCUGCAUGCAGCUAAAACCUGAUUUAACUACAGGGUAAAAGCAAUACUUGAACAUGCAUAGAAAUAGUGUAUUGAUCAUAAUACAGUUUCAGCAUUGGGGUCCACCUGUACCUAAAUUAUGAUACCUAAUGAGAUUGUCAGAUAUUUUGUCAUCUCGGGUACCAUAGGUUAUCAUUAUAGUGUCAGUAUAAUGAUAGAUAUUUGUUAGAAUAUCAGAUUUCUUCAGGCAGUAAUGCUUUGGGUAUUUUUUCUCAUUAUAGGAUUCAUUCUGUUACAAAAAUUUCUUAACUCUGUCAUCUCAGUUUUUCUUAAUUGACCACUUUUUUCUGAUAAAAUGGUUUACUGAAAAGUUUUAAUUUGGUAUUAAAGCAUUUACUUAAAUGACUUCAAAGCCUGAAUCCAGCUUAAGAUUUCCUAAUAUAUUGUAGUAAAUUUAAUAAUACGACUCACUGGGAAGGAUUUUGCUCAUAAUUAAUUAAUGCCUGACUUGUCCUGUACUGAAGUCAUAUCACUUUAAAACAUCAUGUAAGUUGCUAAGUUGUGUUUGAUCUGAACUCAGUGUAUUCCUUGAAGCAUUUAAUAUUCUCUGUGGCAUUUACAUUAUUUAUGAACAUACUCAGUGUGAAACAUAAUAUUCAAACCUUUAGAUAUUUUCUGCUGGCAGAAAGGACUCAAAGAAUUUUUUUUGUUUUUUAAAGGCCCAAGAAUGUUUUGAUAUUUUUAAUUGAGGUAACACUGCACAUACCGAACAGUCUUUUAUAAGUUUGAGCCCAAGGCCAGGUAGGGUGUUGUGUGUGGUAGACACAGCUUUUCACUUUGAUUUUUGUUCCCAUAACAAGUAACCCUUUCCCCGCUUAGAAGAAUUUUUGCAGAUAGACAACACCAAGGUUGUUUAGGCAUAUAAAUUUAACUUUUAAGGAGAUGUAAUAACUUUCACUGCUUUUUACUGGUGACCCAACAUAGUAUGAUAAUCCUGUGUGCAUUUAAGUAGCCAUGCACCAGGAUGACUCAGUUAAUUUACAGUACAGUACAAGAUUCUUAUAAAUUUGAUGAACCAGUAUCAUUUACAUGUACAUUCUUGAAAGCUAAUUUGCGGAACUUACAACAUUCAUACUAAUAUAGAUUCAAAUUCAACUUGUGAUUGGUACUUACGGUAAUAUUAUUUAAAAUACAAUACUAAUUAUUAAACUUGGUAUGGGAAAGCACAUCUGGUCAUUAGCUUUUGAGGAUGAUAACUGUUGUCUGCACAAAGUUUAAUAAACAACUCGUCAAGAAUAUCAAUAGAUAGGUAGUGAGUUGGCUGGCCUCAGUCCCCCAUAUAAAUCACUUCGCAUGGAAAGAGUAGGGUUACUGUUAUGACUUAACACCUUUUGUCCUCCCCCUCCCCAAUGGUGGUUCAGUGGCAUAUUAUUUGUGGCCUCAAAAUCUUUCUCAGCCUUCACAAUAUUUUAUCAUUAGGAGUAAAGUUUCAAGACCACAAACCUCUUGUUUUUUUUAAAUGAAAAUUGAUUUUGCUUCAGGUUGAUUAAGGAAAUAUUAAGAUCCAAAUGAUGUGAAUUUAUGUUGCCUUUGGCAAAGGCUAUAAAAUGUCAAUUAAAUGAGGGAAAUAAUAGAUCUCAUUCUGUAUUAAUGCUUGAAUGAUAAUAGUAUUCUAAGCAACCAGUUUAAUAAAGUCUCAUUCAUUCUUUUAUGAACUUCACCAAGAUAGUAAUGUAAUAUGGAGAUACUACAUUUAUCCUCUUGACUUUAUAGAACGACCAGACCACAUGCCAGACAGGGUUUAUGCAAGAACAAAUUGUUUCUUGUUGUUCAUAUUCGAGGGGCUUUUAUCGAUCUAUCUUUCCUUAAUCUUCCAUUGCCUAUAUGGAUCACUUCACUUGCUGGGGUCAGCCACUCUUGUGUAGGUCACAAUUAGUAUAAAUGAAAGCAAAACUUAACUGUUCCAUUAGUAUGUUUACAAAACCAGCACAUAUUAUUUUCUUUUAAUAACAAUUGAGCAUUACUGUUAAGGUGUCUUGAGUACUUGACCUUGUGAAAAAGGUUAGUAAUUGGAGUAUUUGGUUUAGGCUUUGCAUUCAUCACUGCAGCUUUGAAUGUGGGCUAUAGGUUAUUGGAUAAUAUAUGUAGAUAAAGCAUCUCAUUAUAGAUAUACGGUACAUCAUUCUAGUCAAUCAAGGGAAUUAUUCACACAAUUGUUUUUUACUUCACUAUAUAUCUGACGAAUUGAGUAAAAUCUUUCAAAAUAAUUCUAAAAGAUAAUGAGUAAAAGUAAUGGCUAUAUUCAUGGUGUUAACUAAAGGCAUAACGACUUUACCAAUUAUGUAUUCUUACAAGCUACAGGUACAGUAUAUUCAGUAAACAGAAAAAACAAGUAAUAUUGCCCUUCAUACUGCCUCCUUUCAGAUAUAAAUGGGGAGCUUAAGCAAGUUUGAAGAAUUUAAUGUCGACUAUUGAAUUUUUUACUACUCAUGAGAGCACUUAUAGAUUACGUAAUAGAUGAUGGGAGGGGAUAUAUGUCAUGAUUUUAUUGCUAGAUCAUGUCUGGGAUGUAAACACCUGUAUAAAAUUGCCUUAUGACUUAUGUUUAGAACAUGCAGCUGGACACUCAUUUACUAAGACUGGUCAUCUAAAUUUAACUUGUCUUCAACUUGGUAAAUUAUCUUUUAAGCUAACAACAAAGAUUACCUUAAUUUCCUUUGAUCUUAAAGACAAAUAUUUUUUUUAGUACGGUAUAUAUAAAUACCUAAAAAAUGGAAAGGGGAAAUAAAUACAAGGGUUUGAAGAGUCAGAGAUUGUAAUUUUAAAAAGUGGUAGAAUAGGGAAAGAGAGAUUCUACAAGAUGGUAUGAUCAUGAGAGAAGGAUGAAGGAAAGUAGGGUAAAUAGUGUGUAGCAGAUAUUUUGGGUAGUGGGAGGCUACCUACACCAUGGGAGGAAAUUGGGGAGCAGGACAUAAACCCUCUUACUGGCCUACAGCACAAGUUGCAUCGCUCAUUUCCCAACAGUUCCUAUGGUCUGUUUACUUGAACUUUGCAACUGAGGCAUAGGGUUAGUUUGUAGCACACAUCCAACAAUGUUCAUAAAUAACUCAUUUUUUUAUUAAACCAAAUAUUUCAAACCUGCCAGCAAGCAGAUGAGAUUUGAGUCAUUGGCUAGCUAGCGGGUGAGAGUUGUCCAGCAGUCGAUAAUUUGAAAGGGUUGACAAAAGAACAAAGGAGAUUACAUGGGGAAAAGAGAGGACAAAAAUGGAUUUGUUGUGAUAGGUUAGCAUGGAGGCUCUUUUGUCAUGGCCUGUCAUUGGGUUGGGGGGGGGAGUGAUGGGGGGCAACCUGGAGGAGUAAGACAUCAUAGCCAAGAUAUACUUUACAUCAGCUGAAUAGGUUGUUUAUUUAUGCAAAACAGUCGAUUGUUGUUUUGAUUGUGAAUCUUGAAGUAUUUUUUCUGGCUGCUACUGAAGCAGUAUGUAUAUCAGUAGAUAGCCAAGUGAAUAUUCUUAAGCUGGCAAAUGUUUUACCAUCCAUGCUAUGAAAACUUGAGUUAUAAAAUUUACUGUAGUAACAUUUAUUAAACUAAUAUGGAAAUCAGAAAAAAGUAGCAUGAAUGAUUCUCCUAAACUAGAAAUGAAAAAUAUUAAGUAACUUGUGCAGUACCAUAUACACAUCACUGUAUAUAAGGUAUUCAACAAAUUGUAUCAGUUUUAGUUUCUGGAGAGAACUACAAAUUAUUAAUUGUUAGACUUUAUUGAGAAUCUCUUCCUCUCAUAAACACAAUACAGUAUUGGCAAUCAAAGUUAUAAUUUCAUAAGACUAAGAAAUCAAACUUGAUAGUAUGGUACUGAGGCAUUGGUAGUGCAACAUCUAAGCUUGGAUUUCAGAAAUGCCUUGUAAGUAAAGUAUUAUUAAUAAGACAAAAAUUUUCCACAUAAAGUAUAUAGUAUACACUUGUGAAGAAAGCUGUCAGGUAAUGUAUCCAGUGCAUUAUGUACACACAAAAAAAAAAAAAACUUUCUGCCCCUUUUCUCAUUCAUGCAAUAUGACUCACUGGACGAACAAUUCUAAUCAUUAUUUGUGAACCCUUGACAAAUGAACCGAAACUGCUGUACAUUGUGUCUAUUUAUAAACACUUUGGACCCAGCAUGGGUAAAUAGUUUUUUUGUGUGUGUACAAAUUCUGAGUGCUUAUGCUUCGCUGCUGUUGUACACCCCCAAGUGGCUACAGACAAAAGAAAAAUCACUUUUAAUAUCAAUUUUGUAUUCAUGGGUUGAGAAUGGUAACAGCUACAUGGCUUUGUUGAAGAUUUCUUCAAAAUAAAACAAAAUUAAUUGUGCAGGUAAUACUUUCAAUGUAUGUGAAGAAAAAUUUUAACAUUGGUAAUGAUUAAACCUUAAUCAAUAUGAAGUAAAAAAAAAUAAUAUUAAUCUUGGAUGCCAGAUUCUUCCAUUUCUUAGUUGGAAAAAGAUCAUAGAAAUGAAUAUCCUUUACUGUAAUUGUUGUAUUAUUGAAAUAUGUUUCACUGCAAAUUUUUUGAGGAGCUGCUCAGUAAUUAAAAUACAAAUAUUAAGAUAGAAUACAGUAUUAUCAAAAAACAUAAUUAGUUUGUGAGAAACCUUAAAAUAUUAAGGCCCUCACACCAUACUGUAACCAGAUAAACAAAUGUGUCGUCAGUCUCUUAGGCUUUCCAGCCUUGAAUAUAUAGGUUUAACAUGGUCGAACAUCUUGGAAUGUUGUUUGCAACUACAUCCUAAUAAACCUGCCAAGUCUGCCUUCAUUUUUUACAUGAAUACAUACUGUAUUGCCAACUUUAGACACUUAAACCCAAUGGAACUUUUGAAUACAAAAUAUCACCAAUUACUGUACUAAUUACUCAGUGCCUGCUUAAUAUAGUAUUUUACCCAUUGAAUUCAUUAUGUAAGAUGCACAAUUCUUGACAAUGUAAGUUAUGUAUCUUCACCUCUGUAUCCAAUCUUUUCCACAGCCACCAUAGUACCCAAGGUUGAACUUUUAGACUCGAUCUACAUUCUGGGAGUUUUAAGUUUGAGCAUACUACUGUACCAGUUAACAGAUAUAACAUGUAAUAUUUUACCAGAAUUAUCAGUUGCUCUACUGUUUAUGGAGUGUAAGUGUAAAACAUUCUUUUAUGUAAAAAUUUUUACUGUCCAUCCAUGCCUGGCAUUCAAAAAAAAAUAUAGAGUUUAGACACAGGACAGCAAUUAUUUCUCCUAUACCCUUUUCAAAUAACGGGUGAAGUGUUCUGAUGCAUCAAUAGUUUGCCUUUUUAUGAUAUAAAACUAGUUUCAUCAGAUGUCUUCUCAUAGAGCUAGGCUUGAUAAUAUAAUUAUAAUUAUAUGUUAUAUACAUUGUUAUUUUUCAGAUAAAUGUAUGCAGGAUAUUGAUAUAGGUUAUAAGGGCACAUUGUUAUAGACAAAAUCGUGUUGGACAGUGCACACUUCCACACAACCUUUAAAUCUUAAUUUUGUUGUCUUUCAUUUAGUUGGUAAAAUAAUCACCACCAGCUUGUGCUUUGUAAUAAAUCACCCAAAAGUUUGCAAUAGCAUUAAUAGUGCGACUGGUCUACAGGAAUCUCUCCAAGUUCAUCUCAAAUAUCAGUCAAUUUCUCUUUUGUCAACAAGUAAAAUGAGUAUUACCUGAGUGUUACAUGAGAACCAAAAUGGCCAGUCACAUCUCAUUUGUUUCGUGUUACUUAUUGUAUCAGCAGGUUAGCACUUGUUUUGUAUAGCAUCAUCAUACACAGUAGCCAGAAAAUGCAAGAUAAGCUGUAAGAAAAGAAGAGGCAAAUAAAGAGAUAAAAUUUA